UCAACGCGACAGGCUGCGACCCAAACACGGAAGCAGCUCAAACUGCUGCAAAAACGAAAGUUCAGGCUCCUCUGUCGUCACGUUAUUUCAGCUUAUACGUUAUUAUUCAUGUAAACAGUUUAAAACCACAGAAACGAUAAGUCACAUUGUUUGCUGGAGAUGGCUUUUUCUUGGUUUCGCCUAGCUGUGCCGCUUUGUUUAGCGAUUUUAUCGGUUAUUGUCGUUAUCAUUGGACAACAUCAGGCGAUGCCGCCUCCUCUGCCCGCCGCCCUCGGUGUGUGCACUCUGGCCGGGAUGGCCCUCAUUUUGAGGGACAUUAGCUCGAAAAUGAAAGGUGAAAACCGGACGUGGAGCGGUCUACUCAGUCAGUAUCUGGCGGUGAAGGGAAUGGGCUGGCUGGGCAGGCGACAGAGAAAGAAACUUGAAGCCGAUACUCUCAACGUGAAGCAAGUCCAGGAGGAGACUCUGCUGAAGCGCCUGCACAAAAACGCAAACACAUGCUAUGGAAGACAGUAUGACUUCAACUCAAUACAAGACAGUGAUGGCUUCCGGGCGUGUCACCCCAUCACCACAUACGAGCACUAUCGUGAGCUCAUCAGACGCAUCGCGGCAGGAGAGGAGAAGGUGAUCAUUGCUGAGAAGCCGCUGAUCUUGGCCAUGACCUCUGGGACGUCGGGAGCCAGCGCCAUGCUGCUCAGCACCAAAGACACCAACUCUGAGUUUUUCCUGCAGGGAGUGACUGUGUGUUUGGAUGCUAUGGGAGGAGCAUUUCCUGCAACCGACAGUCUACAGCGCACCACCAAGUUCUUCUAUUCACCUACUUUUCGCCAGUCUGAGGCCGGUAUUCCCAUCAGACCAAACUCCUCCACACCAGCCUCCUCACGUCACAUGCUCAACCUCUACACCACCCCAGCACCUGCCUUUGAGGUUCCCAGUGAGAAGGACACCCUCUACCUGCAUCUCCUGUUUGCUCUCAAAGAUCCUAGCGUGGGAACACUGGAGUCCAACUUUGCUUCCACAGUCUUCUAUGCUUUCAGUGCUUUACAGGAUCGCUGGCAGGAGCUUGUUGAGGACAUUGAACGAGGGAAGGUCAGCAGAGCUUUGGCUCUGGAGCCCAAAGUGAGGUCCAGGCUCGAGGCUCUGAUGAAGCCAGACCCAGAGAGAGCCGCUCAGCUCCGGGCCCACUUCCAGGACGGCUUCCGUGGGAUCGCCAGGCGGCUGUGGCCUCACCUCCACCUAGUGCUGGCAGUGGACUCAGGCUCCAAUCAGAUCUAUGGGGAAAUGCUGAGGGAGAACUACUGCCAGGGAGUGCCUUUCUAUUCGCCUUUCUACGCUGCUACUGAAGGUCUAAUAGGGGUGAACCUGUGGCCCCAAGAUCCAAACAGACGCUACAUGCUGUGUCCUCGUUCAAUGUUCUGCGAGUUCCUGCCAGAGAGCAGCCUGGAGGAGGAGACGCCUCACACUCUGCUGAUGGAGGAGGUGAAGAAGGGAGACAACUAUGAGCUCAUCAUCACAAACGCUUCAGGACUGUUCAGAUAUCGCAUUGGAGACAUUGUGAAAGUAGUUGGAUUCCACAACAAGUGUCCCAUAGUUGAGUUUCAGUACAGACGGGGUCAGAUGUUGAGUGUUCGAGGGGAGAAAGUGUCUGAGGCAUUGUUCCUUAACGCUUUGAAGAAAGCUGUUGCUCAGUGGCCGGGAGCUCAGCUGGUGGACUACUGCUGCGCUGAGAGCGGCAUCAUGGGAGAUUCGAUAGGCGGCUCAGAUCCUCAUUACCAGGUCUUUAUCGAGCUGAAAGGUGUGAGAAACCUCACAGAGAAACAACGAUACAAGUUGGACAUCUGUCUCCAGGAGGACUCGGCAGUCUACAAGUCUUUCCGUACCAAGGGCAGCAUUGGACCAAUGAGGGUGCAGCUGGUGGCAGAGGGUGCCUUCAAGGAACUUCGCAAGCACAUGAUGGCCUUCUCAAAUACCUCACCCAACACCUUCAAAAUGCAACGAGUGCUGCACAGGAAAGAGUUUGCUGACUUUCUCCUGGGAAAGACUGUCUCCUGAAACCUCGUGUUGUUGUGAACAAGACAAAGCUUGUGUACUCUGACUGUGGUGAGCGCUGACUGAAUGAAAUGGUUUUUUAAAUUUUUGACAAUUAAAAAUCGUCAUCUGUUUUAUUUUCUCUAACAUAUUUAUAAUUUUAUUAAAGUGAACUACAACUUAAAACUGUUACUGUAAUAUUGUUUAAUUCCAUAAAAACUCCUAUUUAAAUUGA